CCUGUGCCAGCCCGGACAAUGCACCAGGCUGGCCACUACUCCUGGCCUUCUCCAGCUGUGAACAGUUCAUCAGGGCAGGAGUCCCAGAGGCAGCUUCCGGAGGUGCUUGGUGGCAUCUGGGAACAACCUCGAGGUGAUGGGCUGCCCAUGGUCACCAUCAUCGUUGCUGUCUUUGUUCUGCUAGCAGUCUGCAUCAUAGUGGCAGUCCAUUUUGGGCCAAGGCUGCACCAGGGCCAUGCCACUCUCCCUACAGAGCCACUGACCCCAAAGCCAGACGGUGGCAUCUACCUCAUCCACUGGCGGGCGCUGGGCCCCCAAGACAGUCCUGAAGAAGCACCGUGGGGCCCUCUUGUCCCUGGCUCCUGCUCUGCACCAGAUGGACCCAGGCCCAGCAUCGAUGAAGUCACUUAUCUGUAGGAGGGAGACUUUGGAAAGUUAACCUGACUUAGCUCAGAACAAGAAACCAGGCAGAGAACUAGGGUAAAAGCAAAUUGGAGCCUGGGCAUCAGAGCGUCGGAAGGGCACACUGGACUCAGCUGGAGCUGCUCUCUCAGAACAUUUAUAGAGAAAGCCCUGUGGUGGGCAGGAGAAAUCAAAGCUUGAGGGCCCUGCCCAGAAACAUGCUGCUGGUGGCCUCCCCAGGGCCCAAGGCCACCUCACAAAGUCCCUCCCUCCUCUUCAGGGACCACCAGACCCCUGAAUCUCCUUUUCUGAGUCUCUGCCCCUUCAGUGCACCUCUGAUCUCCUUCCCUUGUAAUGUGAAUCCAACUCAGGAGAUUCCACCACCUCCCCCAAGCAGGAAUGUCAGAGGCCCUGCGGAGCGGCCCUCAUCCUACAAAGGCCAGCCAGGGAGAGCCCAGGCGGAGAAGCUGGUGUCUGCCUUCCCUGAGACUCACUGGGCUCAAGGAAGUGACGAACGUCUGUUCUCCUUGGUCAGUCAGGGGCAGUCCUUCGGCUGCUAGGGCCCAGACCUUGUUGACAAGCUCCAAAGUCCUUGUAAGCCCAAGCACAAUUUAUAGUUCAAACAUUGGCUUUCAGAGGCCCCCACUGACUCUGUCUUGCCUCCCCAGAAGGGAUAGUGGGGAUUUGGGAGGCUCUCAUGGCCUCCCACUUUCUGUGUGCCUGGGCCUGUUGGAAUAAGCCUAGAAUGUACCAUAGGACAUUUCCCAGAUCUUUCCAGCUGAUGAGAAAACAGGAAAGGAAAAGGAG